AUGCUCUCGGACCCGAGCCCUGUCGCCUCAGUGUGCUCUCCAGCCCGAGCCCUGGUGCCUCAGUGUGCUGUCCAGCCCGAGCCCUGUCGCCUCAGUGUGCUCUCGGACCCGAGCCCUUUCACCUCAGUGUGCUCUCCAGCCCGAGCCCUGGUGCCUCAGUGUGCUCUCGGACCCGAGCCCUUUCACCUCAGUAUGCUCUCCAGCCCGAGCCCUGUCACUUCAGUGUGCUCUCCAGCCCGAGCCCUGUCACCUCAGUAUGCUCUCCAGCCCGAGCCCUGUCGCCUCAGCGUGCUCUCGGACCCGAGCCCUGGUGCCUCAGUGUGCUGUCCAGCCCGAGCCCUGUCGCCUCAGUGUGCUCUCCAGCCCAAGCCCUGUCGCCUCAGUGUGCUGUCCAGCCCGAGCCCUGUCGCCUCAGUGUGCUCUCCAGCCCGAGCCCUGUCGCCUCAGUGUGCUGUCCAGCCCGAGCCCUGUCUCCUCAGUGUGCUCUCCAGCCCGAGCCCUGUCGCCUCAGUGUGCUCUCCAGCCCGAGCCCUGGUGCCUCAGUGUGCUGUCCAGCCCGAGCCCUGUCGCGUCAGUGUGCUCUCGGACCCGAGCCCUGUCACCUCAGUAUGCUCUCCAGCCCGAGCCCUGGUGCCUCAGUGUGCUGUCCAGCCCGAGCCCUGUCACCUCAGUGUGCUCUCGGACCUGAGCCCUGUCGCGUCAGUGUGUUCUCCAGCCCGAGCCCUGUCGCGUCAGUGUGUUCUCCAGCCCGAACCCUGUCUCCUCAGUGUGCUCUCCAGCCCGAGCCCUGUCACUUCAGUGUGCUCUCGGACCCGAGCCCUGUCGCCUCAGUGUGCUCUCGGACCCGGCCCUGUCACCUCAGUGUGCUCUCCAGCCCGAGCCCUGUCGCCCCGAUUCAGCCCCCACCUGACCUUUCCAGUUCGGCUCGGCUCGGCGUAA